CAUGCGUAGAAAAACCCGGAAGUUUACUAACUCGCGGGCUUUGUUUACAAAUUUUAGACUGAGAAAGGACAAUUUUCCUUUGUUAUUCAGUUGCUCGACAUGCCGAAAAGAAGAAAUCCUUUCGGAGAAUGUUCCCCUCUGCAGCUUAAGCAACAUGUGGGUGUCAAAGAGAUAGAUUGCGGGAUUGCACAACAGCAUAACAUGAAAAGUGUUUAUGAUAGGACCAGAGAAUUAUUGUUCAGUGGAUCAAAGCGUAGUUUUGAUAUCCCAAGAGAUGCCAAUGGAAAUGAGAUUUUCCCAACAGUUAUUGCCCCUGUUGAGGAUAUUAAUAUGGAAGAUGAAGUCUCACAUGAUAAACAAAUGCUGAUCUCUAAUACAGGACAACUUACAGCUCCAGAACAAGACACAAAACCUACUAAUGCUUUUCAAGCUUUAAUGAUGGCAAGGAAAGCAAGCAUUGUAAGUGGUUGUCAGUGUUGUAAAGGGCAAGCAGCCUCUCAGGACAGAUGUGGAUUCUGUGAGAAAUCAAUAUGCAAUGACUGUGUGAGGUCAUGUACUGCCUGUGAUGGGCACUUCUGUCAACUUUGUUCUGUUAUGAGUUAUGAUGAUGUAGUGGAGCGCUCGUAUUGUCUCCAGUGUGCCUCCUGACUAUAUGUGAAUGGAAAUAUCAGUUUCAGGGAGUGUAGAUUCACUCAACAUUACCAUUGACUACUGUUUGUACAUUGUAUCCACUGGUUGUCAUCGGCAACGCAAAUUUCAAGCCAAGCUAUAGCUGUUUAGUCUAUGUAAAUUUGAAUGAUCUUAGAUUUCAAUUAAAAACUGAAAUGUACAUUUAUACAAAAAUGAAGUUACAGAUUGUAAAUUGGUUAUGUACUUAAAUUUAUUAUGAUUUAUAAUAUAUAUUGUUACAGUAUUUCAUAUCUUAUAUUUCAUUUACAGUAUUUUUGUCUAUACAGAUAAAUUUAGAAAAAUAAUAACAGACUUUAAUUAAGUAAAAUAAUUUAGAAUUUCUAUAUAUAAAAAAGGAAUGAUUGUGAUUAUUUUCAUUUUGUCUUUUUAUCAGGCAUACUGAAUUACAUUAUUAGAAAAUGGCAGCUUUCUUUCUUAUAUCGAUGAUCAGGGUUUAUACAUUCUUUAUUAUUGAUUAACUUUCAUAUUUUCUCAUUAUCUAUGUGAACCAAUUGUUUUCAUACAUUUAAAAUAAAGUAAAUUGAACAUUUAAUGAAAAUUCUACAUCAAUGUUUUGUAAAGUAUAAAGCAUCUGGUAUGUUAAUAUGUGAUUUGAUGAAAGUGAAUAUUGUAAAAGAUAUUUUUAAUGUAAAAAAGAAGACAAAUUUUAUGAAAUUUUUCUUGAUCACAUGCACACUAUAAAACAUAUUAAAUGUAUUUAACUUGUCUGUAUCAAUCAUAUUUCUGUGUACAAUUAUAGGGGUCUGAUAUUUAAUUUCCUAUUACUUUAAUGAAAUUUUUACUUGCCAGUAUUUUUAACAAGACUUGAAACGAAAGUUCUCUACAUUGUUGCUUGUACAGUAAAGAAACAGUUGUUAUUUGUAGAAUGGAAAAUCGCUGUAUCUUUCUUUAUUAAAAUAUUCAUCUUAGGGAAACAUUAUACUGUUUGUGAAUUCAGCAGUAGCCUGUUAGUUAAUGGCUAGUCAAAUUUAGGUCAAUUAGCAAUCAAUCAUCUUAAUCAGGUAUUUAAUAUUAUAUACUGUAAAAUUCUUAUUAAACGCUCCCGGGGGCUAAACAUUUUCCAAAAGGGGGGCUUUUAUUACAACACAGUUUUUCCUAAAUCCGAAAAUCACUGUAUAUACAUUUAGUGUUAGCAAGUGUUGGUAAUAACAUUAAAAAGUGCUAUGGUUUUAAAGUUCAUAUUAUACAUAUUUGUGUUUACUAUGAAAUAAAAUGGAUUCUGAAUGAUUUGAAUAAAAUAAUGGCUUUAAUUAUGAGUUCAGCACUGAUGAGUACAUUGUUUUCCUUAUCAAAAGGCCUGGGGGGCCUUUAUUAGGGGAGGGGCAUUUAUUAGGAAUUUUACGGUACCUUGUAUGGACAUUGACCAAUGAAUGUGGUUAGCCACAGAGUCUUGAAAUAAAUUUUUCUACUUUUUCCUAAAAUAGCCUUCUUUAGAAUAUAAGAACAUUAGUAUGUUUAUGCAUAGACCUCUAGCAUUAGCUAUUGGGGUCAAGGGCACUAAGACUUGUAAAAUGCUUUUUGACAAAUUAUUAAGCUAAGUUGCCAACUCAGUAUCAGGGAGUAUCCAGCCAGUAUUCGCUAAACUUCAUUCUUAAAAUCAACAAUAAUAACAACUACUGCCUCAAUCUAUUCUAAGUCUUAUAGCUUUAUUCAUGAGAGUUACAGGCAUAUGCCACCAGUAUUCAGCUAGGUCUGUCUGUACAACAGAUUAUGAUGUGGUGGGCUACCGGGUGUUGGCAUAGUUCAAUAUAUAAAUAUAUAAUAUGGGAUGGGUCCAUUUUAAAUUUUCGAGAUAUGAACAGGUUUCAUUUGUGGUCAGUAUAUGGCACAGCAUUCUUUGUCUUAUUCUGGUUGUAUAUUUGUAAAUAAUGAAGAUAGUACUGUUUUUUGUAAAUUUUCAUAACACAUAUUUUGAUAUACAUUUUCUAUUACAUGUACCAAUUAUGUUGAUUUGAUUGUUGUACCAUAUUAUGUUUAGAAAAUUGAAUAAAAUAAAUUUCUAAUGAAA